UGAAGUGCCUGUGAUGCGAACCUCAGAAUCACCGGACUGGACAAUCUUAGUUAUGUGUCUAGAUAAAUGUAACUUAAAAUGUAAAAUGUAAUAUUAAAAGUGCUGGCCGUCCGUCUGUACAGUGUUUUGAAUUUGCUAGCCGGCUAUUUAGUUAGCUAGCUGAAGAAAUUACUUUGAUUACUUGGCUUGCUAAAAAUGUCGCACCUAAAUUGCUAAUAUUUUGUUUAGUUUUAUGAAGCGUCAUUUAAGAAGAGGACCAUCACUGAACGAAGAGAAAUAUCUAACAUUAUAAAAUGAGUGGCUUCUGCUCUGUCAACAACAAUUUUCCGUAUGAUAACAACAUCCUGGUGCUGGACAUGGUGCUGAGUUCUCUCUGGGGAGUCCCGCAGCCCAUAAACUGGGAGAACGUGGCAAGGCUUGUUCCUGGUUUUACUCCUAAGGAGUGUGCCCGGAGGUUCGAGGAGCUGAAGAGCAACGGGAGCUUCCCCCAUGUGGACGAGCAGUGCAACGCGGUGACCACUGGGGACAGCUCGCCCUCGGACACCCGCUCCGCCUACAUCACGUCAGCCCUGAUGGACUUCCCAGGAGAGCCGGGGGAGUCACGGGCCUGUCCCAGCACCAUCUCAGUAACAGGUGUGACCGUGUCUGCUUCCGGUCGAGGCGAUGUGGAUGAGAGUCAAGUCAGCGUCUCAGCCGGGGAGGGAGAGAAGAGUGAAAGAGGAAAAGGGCCAAACAUGGUGAUUCACGUCUGUGACGAGACCAAAAACCUGAAGCAGGACUUCAUGUGCCCACGGGACCUGCUCGUCAGCGAGAUGAAGUACUUUGCGGAGUACCUGUCUGUGGACACCCAGCGCUGGGAGGAUGUGGACAUCUCCGUGCACUGCGACAUCCAGAUCUUCGACUGGCUCAUGAGCUACGUCAAGCGACGCGGUGGCGCCGAGGGCGGCAGAGACAGACCCAAGCUAGAACCCAGCAAUGUGAUCUCAAUCCUGAUCUCCUCCGAAUUCUUGAAGAUGGAUACAUUAGUUGAAGAAUGUGUACAGUUUUGCCACCAGCACAUGAGUGCUAUAUUAGCGACACCAUGCAACAUGAACUGCAUCAACAACAACAUAGCUACACGCAUCGCUGAUCUCUUCACUCACAAUGAGGCAGACGAGGUCAAGGACAAAAAAGACAAAUUCAAGAGCAAAUUGUUUCAAAAGAAAAUAGAGAGGCUCUUUGACCCAGAUUUCAAGAAUCCCGAUUGCCCUGGAAACGCCGCAACGCUGUACCGGUGUGGACUGUGCAAUAAACUUCUGACCAAAGAGGUGGAGAGAAAGAUCGCCUGUGUUCCCGGGAAAAUCAACAUCGACACCCACGGGGGCAUCAUAUACAACCACACCAGGCAUAAGAGCUGGGAGAUCCAUGACUACCUGAGCAGCCUGUACGAGGAGCUCAAGUCCUGGCCCCUGGUGUACUGGAGGAUCUGGGGCACCAUCAACUUCCUAUCGUGCUCUCGCUGCGAACAGGUGUUUCCAUGCUCGGAGCUGGCACAGUGCAGGUACCACCCAGAGGAUGUGCUUUACCCCAGCAAGGCGAUGGAGCAGGGCUGGCAUGGCACAGGCCUGUACCCCUGCUGUAACCAGAGGGUCAUGCGCUUCGACCCCACCUGCAUGCCCAAGGGUUGUAAGGUCCAGGACCACAUGGUGAGCCCAUCUGAGCCCGGCACCGGUGGGGAUGAGCAGCCGAACCCGGCGCAGACCAGAGUGCUGAACGACCUGCUGCUGCACAGAGACGCAGUGUGCCCGCCCGCCGCACCGCUACCAGAGGGGAAUGCCGAGUCAGGCCCCGGUGGGGGGCGGGUGCUGGACUGUGACAUCGUGCUGGAGCCGGGGGUCCUGGGGGCGCAGAGACCAGGGGAGGUUACAGCGUUUUCGUUGUUGAAAAACUGGGGCCUUCAGCUGAGACAGCAGUCCCUGUUGUCUGAGGACGAGGAGUAUACAACUGGUUCGGAGGUGACCGAGGACGAGGUCGGCGAUGAAGAGGAAGUCGCCAAGAAGCAAGGUGCAAAGAAGGCCAAAAAAUCAAAGAGGCCUCUGAAGAGGCAGGUGUCGUCCCCGAGUUUCCAGCGCAAAGAAAAAACAGUGGAGAAGGCACCGUCCCGGGACAGUACUCCAUUCACAGUGAGUCUGCAGAAGAGCAAAUGGGAUAGUACGCGCUCCAUGCGCUUCAACCAGGACGCCCAGAGAGAGGAAGAUCAGCGACGGAUGGUUGAAAUCAUUGGGCACCUCACUAAGAUGAGGUUCGGUGAUAUGGAACAAACCCAAUCGAAGGACAUAAAAGAGUACGCAGGGGGGAUCUACGCCAGACUGGAGGCCCAGUUCAGGGCAUCCUCACAGAAUGCCAGCCGACAGACCAGCUCAGACGGCAAGACUGUCAGGGCUAAGGCUCGCAUAACACAGGCCCGGCCCACCUAGAGACCGCAGAGGCGUCUGGAGAACAGGAAGGAAGCGGAGGCGCACUCUGGCGGCUGUACUGUGAAGCUGUUUGCAGAGAGGCUGUACUGUGAAGCUGUUUGCAGCCCUUCCGAACCGUAGCACCCCCACACCCAGACCUCUACGCCCACCCCCCCCCACUACCACCCCCCCCCGAGCUCAGGGUCCAGCU